UUUUUGAUGUUAUAGUAAGGAAGGCUUUCCCAGUUUCCCUCCUCCGCUCAUAGCACGAAUCUAGCGCGUCAGCGACAAUCGAAUCAGCGACUUAAGGAUGAGCGGCGGCGGUGGAGGGCAACAGGCGGCGGCGCACUCGCUGGCGUUCAGGGUGAUGCGUUUGUGCCGUCCGACGCUUGGCGUGGAAACUUGCCCUCUCAAAUUCGAUCCUUGCGAUCUCCUCUUCGGAGAGGACCUCUUCGACGAUCCAGUUGCGGCAUCUCAUCUCCCUCGGCUUCUCAGUAGCCAAUCGAGCGCCGUCGAUCCAUCCGAUCUCAGCUACCGCAGUAGAUUCCUGCUUGAACAUCCGACAGAGUCUCUCGGUCUCCCUGGUCUACUCGUCCUUCCCCAGUCGUUUGGGGCGAUAUAUUUGGGCGAGACGUUUUGCAGUUAUAUAAGCAUCAACAAUAGCUCGAGUUUUGAAGUCCGGGAUGUUAUUAUUAAGGCUGAGAUACAGACAGAGAAACAGAGAAUACUGCUUUUGGAUACAUCAAAAUCACCUGUGGAGUCUAUUCGUGCUGGUGGACGUUAUGAUUUUAUUGUUGAACAUGAUGUCAAAGAACUCGGUCCACACACCUUGGUGUGCACUGCACUGUACAGUGAUGGUGACAGUGAGAGAAAGUAUCUCCCACAGUUUUUCAAGUUCAAUGUUUCUAACCCCCUCUCUGUUAGGACUAAGGUGCGCAGUGUUAAGGGGACAACUUUUUUGGAGGCUUGUAUAGAGAAUCAUACAAAAGCUAGCCUUUUCAUGGACCAAGUUGAAUUUGAGCCAGCUCAGCAUUGGAAUGCAACAAUGCUGAAAUCUGUUGAUCAUUCCUUGCAGCAUAACUUAUCAACGAGAGAAACUUUCAAAGAACCAGUUCUCAUAAGAUCUGGUGGAGGGAUUUUUAAUUACCUCUAUCAGUUAAAAUCAGCAUCUCCAGAUAGCACCCAAUUGAAUGUCAAGGGAAGUAAUGUUCUAGGUAAACUUCAGAUCACAUGGCGUACGAAUUUGGGUGAACCUGGUCGCCUGCAGACCCAACAUAUUCUUGGUAAUCCUAUAAAUCGCAAGGAGAUUGAGUUGCAAGCAGUUGAGAUGCCUCCUGUCAUUGUCUUGGAGAAGCCUUUUCUGGUGAGUUUUAAUCUCAUAAACUCAACUGAGCGAGUAUUAGGGCCCUUUCAAGUAUGGUUAUCGCAAAGUGAGUCUUUUGAUGAGAAAGCUGUCAUGGUCAAUGGUCUUCAGACAAAGUUUCUUGGAGAGGUGCAAGCAUUUGGCUCAUUAAAGUUUCAGCUGAACUUGAUUGCUAUUAAGCAUGGGAUUCAGAAAAUCAGCGGCAUCACAGUUUUUGAUACAAUAGAGAAGAAAACUUACGACUCUCUCUUAGAACAAGAGAUAUACGUCGACUCUGAGUGAUUGGCCAUUUUUGUCUCUCGCAUUAGGGGCUAAACCAAAAACUUCUUGAACCUACUGCAUUCUUAUCAGAGGCUAAAAAUGCCACAAGGCGCUGUUUGUUUGCCAUCUUCUGGUCUAGAUGUUGUGAGUAUUUCUAUUUAUUACAUAUAUGUUCAGUGUCUUUUUUUCUUUUUAAUCAUUGAAUGAAAUUGUGACAUAUUUUGCAUCACUCAUUAACCUCCUUAGCAAUGAAAUAGUAGUAGGUAUUAAUUUGGAAAUCCUCGUAGAAUAUACGAAGUAGUAAGUUUAUGCCUUUUAAGUUUUGAAAAAUUAUGUUUCCUGUCUUAUGAUUUUUAUCACAUGUUUUGUCAUAUAUGAUUUAUUA